UCCCGCUCUUUACCAGCUUUUUGGGUCGUGGUUGUAUUGCGGAAGACGGACGUAACACCUAAAGGAAUUGUUUGCGGAAUUCCCAAAAAAAAUUAACAGGCUGCAGACUUGUUUUCAACAACACCAGGGAGGCUUGACAUCGCUUGGAGAUUGUGGUGCAAAAAAAAUCGAUUUGAAAUGUCCGACUUCCACAACCGGAGCCAAACCAGCGCACGUCGCAGUGACUACGUGUGGCAGUAUGAAUAUUACGACGAUGAGGAGCCCGUGUCGUUUGAGGGACUCAAAGCGCACAGAUACUCCAUCGUCAUCGGCUUCUGGGUCGGACUUGCUGUGUUUGUCAUUUUCAUGUUCUUUGUUCUCACGCUGCUCACAAAGACAGGAGCGCCACAUCAAGAAAACCCAGACUCUGCUGAAAAGCGCCAUCGACCAGGCAGCUGUCUGGUAGACAUCGGCAGCCCCCAGGAUGAAAAUGACAAAGCCUUUUCUCGCCCUCUGCUAGCCGAGUCCCGCUCUUAUUUUCAUUUCUACAUCAACGAGGAGGAUCAGGGUCAGGGGAAGCAAAAACCAGGGGAUGAGAGGGUCGGAAAGCACAGCGGGGCUCGUGCCCAGCAGGGGACCAGAGGUAUCAGCUCGUCGGGGAUGAUGGACGAGAUGGAAGAGGACGCCGAGGAAGCUCAGGGACACCAACCUCUCAAGGGAUUAAUAGAGGAGGGUAAGACCGACAGAGAAUGUGCCUUCUUUUCCCACUUCAACAUCCCUAACUUUGUGAACUUGGAGCACAGUUCGACACUCGGAGAGGAUGAUCUGCUGUAUGAGCCGUCCGCCAUCCUGGAGCGCCAGUCUCACUCUCAGGAUGCUCACUGUGACAUCCGCUAACGCUGUUUCCACAAAAGGCAUGGACAUGGUGUCAGUGUAUUUGCUUUCCUUUCACAUGGCCAUUUGUGAUCCGAAACACACACAUCUGCCGCACAGCUAUAUAUUUUUUGCCUUAAAAGAAUCUCUGCUUGGAGCUUUUAGCCUUUUCAGCGAGCCUACAUUCAGAUCAACAAACAAGGGUACAGGACAUGACCCAAAACUCCAUAUUCAGUGUGACUCACAGUUAUAAGAUGGCCUUUCUCCCUGAAGAUAAAAUAGCCUCACAAAUUUUCCCUUUUACUUCGAAUAUCGGGCUCUUCUCUGAAGUGGAUAUGGCCGUAUUGUACCUGGAGUAGACGCCGUUCCACACAGUGAAAUGAGAGGACAAAGGCUCACCAGGGAGAGAUGCUUUGUGCAAUUCAUUCAGCUGUUACUGCUGUCCUGCUUUCUUGUGCAAUUCUGGACAAUGGACAUUAUCUCUCCAACGCUGCAUAAGUCCCAGUUGGUCAACAUACUGCAUUAAAGGC